AUGGAUUGGUUCACCACCGCGUGCUUCAUCGGCAGCACGGCCACAGUCGUCUACGCGUUCGUCAACCUGGCGCGGAAUCCCCACAACAAAGCCUCCAUGGUCGCGGCCUCCAUCGUCGUCCUCUGGUGGGUCAGCACCGCCGCCUACACGGCCUUCUGCGGCGACCUCUUCCAGCUAUUGGCGCUGCGUCGGUGCCUGGCCUCCGCCCACGGGGCACUCCGUGGCGCGGGCCGACUUCUCUGUCCGCCGUGCCUAUGUGCGCGCGCCCAUCGAAGCGGCGGCGGUGGCAGCGCUCUGCCACAUUUUCUGGACCAGACUCCGAGUCACAUUCCCGUGCUGGCCCGGGAGCCACCUGUGCAUGGUGGCACGUGGGUGCUGACGGCGUAUGACAUCCGGGAGUACAAGCAGCCGGAGGGCGGCGGUGGGUCGGAGUGCACGAUUUGCCUCGGUGAGGUGGAGAAGGGGGAUAUAGUGAAGCGGAUGCCGGUGUGCCUGCACAUGUUCCACCAGCAGUGCGUCGACCCGUGGCUGCACGAGCACUCGACCUGCCCGGUCUGCCGGUGCAACCUCUUCGCGCCGUUGCCUGCCCAAAUGGUAUGA